AUGAACGAGAAAGAAGAAUUGCACCUAUACCAUGUUUCUCUGCAAAAACAACGGAAUUAUGUGCAUUCAUGUAUAGGGCACUUCGUGGAUUAUCGACAUCACCACAUUCGUGCACAGGGCGGGAGUGUCGAGGGCGGGAAGAAAGGCAGCAAGUGGCGCAAGCAGCUGCAGAUCUGCAUGGCGACGCAGACGCAGGUGGAGCUGUACGAUGUGGAGGAGGGCAGGCUGCGUAGGCUGUUCACGCGGACGGUGUUCGGGACGAUCACGGGUUUGAGCAGCGUUGUGGCGGACGGGCGGAGCGUGCUGAUAGUGGUGGGAGACUCAGGGAAGAUGUCCGUUUUGCGGUUCAAGUACGAGGGGGGGCGCGUGCGGCUUGAGGCGCUGUUCAAUGAGCCGCUGAGCCGGUCGGGCGUGCGCCGGCUGUCGCCGCAGGCGCACGUCUCAGUGGACCCGCAGGGCCGGUGCGUGCUGCUGUCGGCGAUGGAGCGCAACAAGGUGUGCUACCUGAUGGACGUGAAGCAGGGAGAGCUGCAGGUGUCGUCGCCGUUGGAAGCGAACAGGCCUAAUUACGUCACGAUGCAGACGGCGGCCUGCGACGUGGCGUUUGACAAUCCUAUAUUUGCAUCUCUGGAGAUCGACUUAGCGGACGGCGCGAAGUACUUAUUCUUCUACAUGCUUGACCUGGGGCUGAAUCACAUGGCCAAAGUUGCGGACUUCGAACUUGGCGACGGCAGCGCCAACUUUAUCAUGAGCGUGCCGGACCUGGAGCAGUACGGUAUAAAUACGAAGGCGGGCGGUCCUGAUGAUGGCGACCCCGAUGCAAUUGUUCCUUUUGUCCUGAUGGGCUUUGAUAAUUACGUUUCCUUAAAAGACUUAAGAGGCAGGUACGAUAUAAAUGUCCAGAUUCCCACUCGCAAGCUGAGCCAAAAAACAAUAAUAACCGCAGGAACUGUGCAGAAGCUCAAAAGAGAUUUCUUCAUGCUGUUGCAAUCGAAUCACGGGGAUUUAUAUAAGGUAAAGAUAUUGCCUGAUGAGAAGACUGCGUCGCCCGUCGUGACGAUCUCGUACUUUGACACCAUUCCACAGGCCCAGAAUCUCCACAUUUUCAAGCACGGGUAUAUGUUUGCUAAUUCUGAAUAUGGAAACUCUUAUCUAUACCAAUUCGAAAACCUAGAUGAUGAAGAAGAAUCAAUGCUGACUUCGGUCAUGCCAGGCCGCAGGCUGAUUAUAGAACCUCGAACUGUCUUGAAGAAUUUAUUGGUCGCAGACAAACUCGCACUAGUAAAUCCCAUUCUUUCUUCCCAACUGACAGAGAGAGUGCCACUUACUAUCGCCACGAGCACGCUCGGCGACGUGCGACUUUUCACGGCCGGUGUUAAUUUUAUGGACAUAAUAUCCUCCCCACUGCCAGCAGCGCCACUUGACAUAUGGACUGUAGCAACAAACGGUUCCCGGUUCCAUAAAUUGCUUUUCAUAGCACUUCAGGAGUCGACUAUGAUACUGAAGAUAGCAGCGGGAACGGUAGAAGAGCUAGAGUUGCCGCAUAACCCGUUUGUUAUCGCGCAGGAUAAGACAGUUCUGAUCGCACACAUGGGCGGGCAAUCGAUCAUACAGGUGACCGAAAAUAAGAUGGUGCACAUCAUCGAGAAUCGUGAUGAAAGUUAUGAAUCCAAGCUGGAAUGGUUCCCUCCUGCGGGUAUUUGUAUCCUGAAGGCAUCCUCCAAUAGCACGCAACUGAUACUUGCACUAUCCAACAACGAAGUUGUGUACUUUGAGAUAGGAUCUAACGAAAGCCUGAACGAGCUGCAGGAUCGGAUUGAAGUCGAAGAGCGGAUCACUGCUCUUGCGAUUGGCAACGGGAAUAGAUCUGACUAUAUGAUCAUUGCGUCUGUUGAUUCAACUGUUAAAGUCUACAGUUUGAAAGUACAGGAUCAGGCAAACUUUCUAGAAGUGGUAUCAAUGCAAGUUUUGGUUUCACCUGCUUCGUCGCUACAACUUGCUUCAUCCGGUGGAUCGCUCUGCUUACAUAUAGGCCUAGACUCUGGCGUAUAUGUUCGGUCAAAAUUAGACAGGAACACUGGCGAACUCUUUGAUGUGAGAACGAAGUACUUGGGCACCAAACCGGUUGAAAUAUCGCUAUUACUGGAUAUGAAUCCUUAUAUCAAUGAGGAGGUGGAUGAUGAGGGAGAAGAGGAAGAAGAACAGGAUGAUGAAGAGAGUCUGGGGGGACCACAUUCUCGCCUUGUCCCGUGCGUUGUUCUACACUCAGGAAAAACCUGGAUUAGUUAUGAACUGGAUUCCUCCCUGUUUAUUCGGCCGUUACUUAACGACCAGAGUUUGAAGAGAGUUGCUCAAUUUACCUCAAACGAAAUUCAACGCAAUGGAUGCUGCUCUAUUAGUUCAGCGGGGUUUCUGGUCAUCGGCAGAAUUGGCACGUUUCGCAAUAAUGAUUGUUGGUUCCAAGAGAGCAGCCUAGCACUUCCAGAUUCGGAGGAUAGCGUUAAUGGGAAUGAACUCGAAAACGACGAAAAGGACCCGGAUGCUUUACUAGAAGAGAAGCAGAAGGUAAAUUCCAGUAUAGGGAAACUCAUCAUCCCAGAUCCUGAUGAUAUAAAACUAUUCUACUAUUGUGAAUAUAAUGAAGUUGAGAACUCAUGCAGGGUAAGCUUGUUUAAACAAGGUAUCAGUUACAAGCAUGAAAAUUCCACAGAGGCGUUUCAACUGAUACCGGACUGCCGUCCAAGUACCGCCACUAUUGCGCGAUUUGGCCUUGAUAUGAAGCAUUUAGUUAUAUCGACAGUGAACGGCGUGUUGAAGACAUUUGUGAUACGCAUAACCAAAGCUGCUAACAACCGGAGGUUUGAACUGUUAGCAUUGCAUGAUACCGUAGCGGGCUCCACCAUUCAUGCGAUGUGUCCGUUCCACGAUAAGCUGUUAGUCCCAUUGGCGAAUGCUGUAGUAUUGUAUGGCUUGGGGAAGAAACAAUUACUGAAGAAGUCAAUCAGCUACCUCCCGACAUCAAUAACCAAAAUAGUCGCAUUAGACCAGUGGAAUGGAACAAGAGUUGCCGUGGGAGAUAUCCAUGAAUCGGUUACACUGCUUCACUUUGAUGAGAGGAAAAACCAGUUUAUUCCUGUUGCCGAUGAUGUGACAAAAAGACAUGUAACUGUAGUUAAAUUUGUGGAUGAGUGCACUGUUAUUGGAGGAGAUAGAUUUGGGAAUAUAUGGUUACUACGUUUACCUUUGGAAUAUGACCGGCUAAUAAAAGAGGGCGUGGAUAGCUAUCUAUUGACCUUAAAUACUGGUAUCCCCAGUAAUAUCCGAGAAUGCGUUUUCAAAUGGCAGCUACUAAACCACUUCUAUAUCAAUGAUAUUCCAAUGUCAUUUCACUUGAUUGCGUCACCACAGAUGGCCGAUAGGGCCAGUAUAUUGUAUGCUGGCCUACAAGGCACCAUUGGAUACCUGAUUCCCCUGAUUACCAGACGAGAAAUCGAGUUUUUUGAUUUGUUAGAGCAAGCAAUGAGAGAUGCUGACCAUCUGUUUUACCUUGACCAGGAAAACCGCCUGAACGAUACUAGUGAGCUGAAUGACGGAGCUGACGAAGAAGGCUCAGUAAUUGAUAGAAGGUUUCCCUCUGUCCAAAAGAAACGGAAGAUACCGGAAGGCGCUUAUUCUCUAGUGGGGAGGGAUGCCAUGAUGUACCGCAGCUACUAUAAUCCUGUAAGGCAUGUGACAGACGGCGAUCUAUGCGAGCAGUUCUUAGAACUGUACCCUAGCGAAAAGAACUUCUUGGCCGCUCGCGUUGACAACCGUUCUGUGCAGGAGAUAGAAAGGCGUAUUAACGAUAUGCGCACCAACUGUAUGUAA